AGACAACAACUUCUCUCUGCCUAAUACCUAUCCCAAUUUACCUAGCCCAGCCAUGCCUUCCACUGGCCCAACUUGCCCCAGCCCACCCUUUCCUGGCCCAACUUCACACCACACUACCACACCCACCAGCCCCAUAACUAUCGCACCCACCAGCCUCCUGCCGAUCUCUGCCUCCAUCGUUCCUAGCUCUGUGUCACCUCCAGCCGUCUUCUUGUCCCCAUUUCUGCCAAAUCUGCAUUCCCCAUCACCAUCCUGCGGUGCUGCGCCUCCUGCUUCCGCCGGAUCUGGGUCUGGGCCUGAUAUUUCUCUCUCCGCUGCUUCGAUUGGUGAUUGCACUAGUUUUGCUGAUUGCUCUGUUUUCGCUCCUGCUUCUGCCUCGUCUUCUUCAAUUACCUCUUUUUCCUCGGCUAAUGUUCCUCAGCGCACUUAUAGUAUGGUGACUCGUUCACAGGCCAAUGUUAGGAAACCAAAGAUCUUACCAUCUCUGCUUCAUACAUCUAUUGAUUUGCAGGAACCCAGGACUUUUAAGCAAGCUUGUAAUCUUUCAGAGUGGCAACAGGCUAUGCAGGAGGAAUUUCUGGCUCUACAGCGCAAUCAAACUUGGGUUUUAGUCUCUCCUCCAUCCAGUGCUAACAUUGUGGGAUCCAAAUGGCCUGGGAUUGAUUAUGAUGAGACUUUUAGUCCGGUGGUCAAGCCUAUUACCAUCCGAACAGUUCUUACUCUUGCUCUUUCCAAGUCUUGGCCAAUUCAUCAACUUGAUGUCAAGAAUGCCUUUCUCAAUGGGUAUUUAUCUGAGCCUGUUUAUAUGUCUCAACCACCUGGAUUUGUCGAUCCGCAGUAUCCAGAUCGUGCCUAUUCUGAUUGCUCUAUGUUUUUAUAUCGCUCAAAUGCCUCUUUUAACCCUGAUGGUCUUUUUCUCUGUCAAACUAAGUAUAUAUUUGAUUUGUUGGCUCGCACUGGAAUGUUUGAUUGUAAUGCUGCUGCUACUCCUCUGUCACCAAGGCAAAAAUUGGCUGCUUCUGAUAGUCCUCCUUAUUUGGAUUCCACUAAGUAUCGUAGUAUAGUGGGUGCCUUACAAUACCUGACAUUUACUCGUCCUGAUAUUGCUUUUGCGGUUCAUCAAGUUUGCCAGUAUAUGCAUGCUCCGACUCAAAAUCAUUUUCAGAACACUGUUGCUCGAUCUAGUGCUGAGGCUGAGUAUUGUGCUAUGGCUAAUGCCGUUGCUGAGGUUGUUUGGGUUCAACAAUUAUUGGCUGAGUUACACGUAUUUCUUUCUUCUGCUCCUAUUGUUCUUUGUGAUAAUAUCAACGCUCUCUAUUUGGCUCUCAAUCCUAUACAGCAUCAGCGAACAAAACACAUAGAGAUUGAUAUUCAUUUUGUUCAGGAACGGGUUGCUUCUCGUGCCAUUCUUUUGCAGCAUGUCCCCUCUUCUUUACAAUGUGCUGAUAUUCUUACUAAGGCUUUAUCAUCCACUGCCUUCUGCUCUCAACGAUCCAAUUUGUGCAUGCUUCAUCAGCCCGCUCAAAUUGCGGGCAGAUGACAGUAUAAUAUUUGAGGGUAUUUAUGUAAUUUAUGUAGUGUAGUGCUGUAUAUACAUAUAAAUAUGUAACCCUAAUUCUGUAUUGUGAAUGAGAAGCAUUAUUCACGGUUUCACCUAUUUUCAAAAAAAUGGCAAGGGUGUAAGCUUUGUUUUCAUUUAACAUCUUGUUUAUAAUUCGAUAAUAAAAGUGAUUUACUGCA